AUGAAAAAAUUAGAUAUUGACGUAUAUGAUAAAAUUGAAGAUAUCCAUUUAGGCAUUUAUGAACAAGAUCAAUGUGAUUUUUUGGCUUUAUCAGAUAGAAAUGUUAUGAAUUCAGAUACGAAAAAAAAUAUUAUUCAUUUUAAUAAUCAUUACAGUUACAAUCAAUUAAAAAAUAAAGAUAGCUUAAUUAUGUUUUUAGUUGAUAUUUUAAAAUCUCUUUUUGUUUCCAAUUGUAUUGAUAAAAAUAUUGAUAAUGUUUUACUAAGUAUAGAAGAGAUGUUUAUUGAUCACUAUUACAACCCCUUACAUAGCAGAUUAAAAUAUUUAAUAGAUGAUGUUGGAAUAUUUUUUACAAAAUUACCUAUAUCAAAAGCAUUUCAUACAUAUAAUAAAAAGUAUCAAAUAACAAAAAGGUUGUAUGCUCCACCAACAUUUAAUGAAGUUAGACAUAUCCUUAAUCUAGCUCAAAUUUUAUCUCUUGAAGAUGGUUUAGAUUUAUUAACUUUUGAUGCUGAUGAAACUUUAUAUCCCGAUGGACAUGAUUUCCAUGAUGAAGUUUUAGCAAGUUACAUUUCCAUUUUAUUAAAGAAAAUGAAUAUAGCCAUAGUUACUGCAGCUUGUUAUAACAAUGAUGCAGAAAAAUAUCAAAAAAGACUAGAAAAUUUAUUAAAGUAUUUUUCUAAACAUAAUAUAGAAGAUGGAUCUUACAAAAAUUUUUAUGUUAUGGGGGGUGAAAGUAAUUAUUUAUUUAAAUGCAAUGAAGAAGCAAAUUUAUAUUCAGUACCGGAAAAAGAAUGGAUUCAUUAUAAGAAACAUGUAGAUGAUGAAACGAUUCAAGAUAUAUUAAAUAUUUCUCAAAAAUGUUUAGAACAAGUAAUAAAAGAUUUUAAAUUAUGCGCAAAAAUACAAAGAAAAGAAAAAUCAAUUGGUUUAGUUCCUGAAAAAAUGCCAUCAUUAAAUAAUAAAAAUGAACCUAAAAAUUAUAUGAUAAAAUAUGAAGUAUUAGAAGAAGCUGUUAUUCGUAUAAAAAAAGAAAUAAUAAAAAAAAAAAUAACUGCACCAUAUUGUGCUUUUAAUGGAGGACAAGAUUUGUGGGUAGAUAUUGGAAAUAAAGCAGAAGGGUUAUUAAUUUUACAAAAAUUGUUAAAAAUAGAAAAAAAAAAGUGUUGCCAUAUUGGUGAUCAAUUUUUACAUUCAGGAAAUGAUUUUCCUACAAGAUUUUGUAGUCUUACAUUAUGGGUAAGUAAUCCUCAAGAGACGAAAGCAUGUUUAAAAAGUAUAAUGAAUUUAAAUAUAAAGUCUUUUGUUCCUGAAGUUUUAUAUGAAAGUUCAUAA